UCCGCCCGAGCCUCCGCCUCCAGCCGUCGCGGCCGCCGCUGCCCGGUCCACCUCCUCCCCCAGGACCUGAAGAGAAUCCUGUCAGCUAGAGUGUCUGAAGAGGCUGGAACGUAGGCCACACCCCCAGAGCUGCUCAGGACUCCUCUUGAGGGUGGUGUCCAGCAGGAAGGCUGGUGGGAACACAGGCUCAAGGACAGAGGUAGAGAGAACGAGCCAGGUGCUUCUGCACUUGUUACUCUUCACUGUGGUCUCACCGAGAGACAUUGUCCCUCAGUUGAACCUAGCAAAUCGUCUGGCUGAGCCCGUGACCAUUGUUCCAGAAGCCAAACACUGCUGAGAUUUCAACAAUGUCUCACCCAUCUUGGCUGCCACCCAGAAGCACUGGUGAGCCUCUUGGCCAUGUUCCUGCGCGGAUGGAGACCACCCAUUCUUUUGGGACCCCCAGUAUUUCAGUGUCAACACAACAGCCACCCAAGAAGUUUGCUCCAGUGGUUGCUCCAAAACCCAAGUAUAACCCGUACAAGCAGCCCGGAGGAGAGGGUGAUUUUCUCCCACCCCCACCUCCACCACUAGAGGAUCCUGGUACCAUCCCAUCUGGCUCCGGGCACUUCCCUCCUCCUCCACCAUUGGAUGAAGGUGCUUUCAAAGUGCAGCAGGGGAAUCCUGGAGGCAAGACCCUGGAGGAACGGCGUUCCAGCUUGGAUGCAGAGAUCGACUCCUUGACGAGCAUCUUGGCUGAUUUGGAGUGCAGCUCGCCCUACAAGCCUCGGGCCCCACCGGGCUCUAGUAGUUCCAUUGCCUCUCCUCCAGUUUCUACUCCUGUCACGGGACAUAAGAGAAUGGUCAUUCCACAGCAGCCACCUCUGACAGCAACCAAGAAGUCCGCAACGAAGCCACAGGCUAUACCCAUUCCAGUGACUCCAAUUGGAACACUCAAACCCCAGCCUCAGCCAGUUCCAGCCUCGUACACCACCACAUCCACAUCUUCAAGGCCCACCUUCAAUGUGCAAGUGAAGUCCGCUCAGCCCAGCACACAUUACAUGACUGGUUCAUCCUCUGGACAAAUGUAUGGUCCAGGGUCUCGCAGCUAUAACACCCAACAGGUUCCUCUGUCAGCACAGUGUCCUCCUCCUACAACGUGUGCUGGCACCGACUAUGCAUACAUUCCACCAUCGGGACAACAGCCUGAGUCUGGAUUUGGGUACACCUCCAACCAAGGACGCUUUUUUGAGCCCUUUUAUGCACUGUGUCCUAGCUAUGGGGGCAGAAAUGAAGCCGAUCCUGCUUAUGGACAACAGGUUCAACCUAAUACCUGGAAGCGGGAACCUGGGUAUGCUGCUCCUGGAGCCGGAAAUCAGAACCAGCCUGGCAUGUAUUCAGUCAGUGGUCCCAAGAAGACCUAUAUCACAGACCCUGUUUCAGCCCCCUGUGCACCACCAGUGCAGCCAAAGAGUGGAUUCCCUGCACCUAUGGGACCUCCUUCAGUUCCUCCAUCUUUCCGCCCAGAAGAUGAGCUCGAACACCUGACCAAGAAGAUGCUGUAUGACAUGGAAAAUCCACCUGCUGAUGAUUACUUUGGCCGCUGUGCCCGCUGUGGGGAAAACGUCGUUGGAGAAGGAACGGGAUGCACCGCCAUGGACCAGGUCUUCCACGUGGAUUGCUUCACCUGCAUGGUCUGCGACAUCAAGCUCCGAGGACAGCCUUUCUAUGCCGUGGAGAAGAAGGCAUACUGCGAGCCCUGCUACAUCAAUACGCUGGAGCAGUGCAGCGUGUGUUCUAAGCCAAUCAUGGAGCGGAUCCUCCGUGCCACCGGGAAGGCAUACCACCCCCAUUGCUUCACCUGCGUGAUGUGCCACCGCAGCCUGGAUGGUAUCCCGUUUACCGUAGACGCAUGCGGUCUCAUUCACUGCAUUGAUGACUUCCACAAGAAAUUUGCCCCGCGCUGUUCCGUGUGCAAGGAACCUAUCAUGCCGGCCCCAGGCCAGGAGGAGACCGUCCGCAUUGUGGCUCUGGACCGUGAUUUCCAUGUGCACUGCUACCGCUGUGAGGACUGUGGUGGUCUUCUAUCCGAAGGAGACAACCAAGGCUGCUACCCCUUGGAUGGGCACAUCCUCUGUAAGACCUGCAACUCGGCCCGCAUCAGGGUCUUGACGGCCAAGGCGAGCACUGACCUGUAGAGUCGGUAGCCAGCUCAGCUGCUCUGUGCCUGCCUCCAAGAAGAACGCAACACAAGGAAAAGAUAAGAGAAGAAAUAGAAAAAUAGAGGCAAAGCUCAACCUCUGGGAUAGUCUCUGUUCUUCAUCUGCUGUUAACCUUUUCUGUAGAAGCACAUAGAUGAUACGAUUUGUCUAAGUUCUUACCAAAUACACAUUUCACAUUUAAUCAUGUAGGGCCGUGGUGAGCCUUUGUUCCAAGGACUUCCACAUUUUUGCACAGAUUAUACUCCAUCCCAUUCACUUCUGCAUUCCUGGGACCUUUAAUCCUCAUGUUUGUCUCACUUCUCAUGUGCUUGAAUAGAUUUUUAGUGUGGUAUUUGCUGUCACAUGAUUUUUCCUGGAUGAAUGUGCCAGUCCGCAGGUGCCUUAAGUCUCGUCCUGUCUGUCACUUUUCCUCUGGCUGUGACUACAAAAGUCAGUCAUUCUGUUCCCAGGUAUUGCAAAGGUGAAAUUUCCCACUGCACCAUGUCUCCUGCUUUAAAAUAAUGGUGUGGGGCGGGGGGAGUAUUUUUCUAUAUUAAGUGAUAAAGAAUUUAUUUGAAAAAGUUAACAGGAGUCUAAAUUUAGUCUGAAGCUAUCCAAAUAACAGAAUGUGCAGUGCCCAGCAGCCAAGGCUCAUUUGAAAACAUUGCUAAAGAGACCAAAUGGGAAAUGCUAGCAGAUGGAUUUCUAGGUGUAUUCGGACGGCCUGUUGUAUUUCCACAGUCCUUCCCUGAGAGUUACCUUGCCACACUCUCUGAACGUAAGACAGUCAGACUUGCUUUUGAUAUAUUUCCAGAUCUGUCCAACUCUUCAUCUUAGAAGGACAGUAAAACUUCCCCUGAUACACAAGCAUGGUGACUACCAUUAAUAUUUAUCUUCAGAAAGCUAAGUAGUGAAAGGAUUCACAGUCUUGUCUCUCCUCCUUUCACUUUAUAACGACCCAAACCUAAACCUCUUUUGCCCGAAAAUUGCAAAUCGGGACACACAAAACGAAGUCACGUACCCAAGUCUCAUCUUCUUUAAAAAAAGAAAACCGAGCUGGGGAAGGUAGUGAAACCAGAGUUUAUUAUUCUUACAGUCAGUCCCCUGUAACUCAAGUACAUACUGCAGGAGACAUUUUCCUAUCAUCAAUGUGACAUUUACACCACACUUUCAAAGACAAUCGCUGAAAACCAAAUUGUCUUUCUGAGGUAAAAACAUGCAGAAUGCCUCCCUGGAAUCUUUGUGCGAACUCGUAUGAGCCAGCGAAACUCUUGCGUGCCAACCAGAGGCAAUCCGCAUCAUUAAGGGGCGACAUCUCGCUUAGCAACCACAGCUGGCCAUACUGUAAAAUCUGUGUCUCAGAAUGCGAUUUCCCAGAGCUCCCUUUAAAUCUUCUACAGAUGUACACCUUUAAAUUAUGGAAUACCUUAAACAUACAGAAGGGUAUAAAUAAUAAUAUAAUGAUGCCUCUAUAGCUAACACCCAAUUCUAGAAGUAUAGUUCCUUCAAAGUCUUUAAAUUCCACAAAUACCUUUUUAUUUCUUUUAUGUAGCACUGGGAGUUGAACUAGGGCCUCAUGGGCUCUGCACGCGCCCUGCCAACCCGGCAUCCCCAGCCCUUCUGUGCCUUUUUUUUUUUUUUUUUUUUAAAUCUUCAUGACAUGAUGAUUUUCUAGUCUGACAGUUUUAAUUUUAACAUUUAGAGCAAAAAAAAAAAACCUGUUUAAUUA